AUACAACAUUAAUUAUAGCGAUAAUGGAAUUAUGCAAAUGCAUCGGUAAGCAUGUGAUAAAACAGAAAAAAUUUUCUCUGCAACGAGGCCUUGCCGCGACAGUUUCAAGCUAUAAUGAAGCGAAAACCGUGCACAAAAAUAACGUUGAUCAGGAGAAGACUACACAUUUUGGUUUCAAAACAAUCAAGGAGAGUGAAAAGGAGAAGGAAGUCAGAACCGUCUUCGAAAAUGUAGCGGACUCCUAUGACGUUAUGAACGAUGCGAUGAGUCUUGGAAUCCAUCGCAUAUGGAAAGAUAUAUUUGUCCAAGAAUUAGGACCAACCCAUGGAAGUCGCCUUCUAGAUGCUGCUGGAGGAACCGGAGACAUAACAUUUCGUUACUUAAAUUAUCUCAAGAACCUUCCAAAUCCCAGAGAAAUUAAAAGUCAUGUGACUGUUUCCGAUAUUAAUCAAAAUAUGCUAAAUGUUGGAAAAAUACGUGCUCAACGACAAGGAUUCACCAUUGAAAAUGGCUAUGACAUUGCUUGGCUCCAAGGAGAUGCGGAGAAACUCCCCUGCCCUGACGAGUCAUUUACUGCUUACACAAUAGCUUUUGGAAUCAGAAAUGUAACGCACAUCGAUAAGGUACUGGAAGAUGCUUAUAGAGUUCUCCAACCAGGUGGUCGUUUCAUGUGUCUCGAAUUCAGUCACCUCAAUAAUGACACUUUACAAUGGGUUUACGACAAAUAUUCCUUCCAAAUGAUCCCAGUUUUGGGUACCCUCAUUGCAGGCCAAUGGGAGCCGUAUCAGUACUUAGUAGAGAGUAUAAGAAAAUUUCCCAAGCAAGAAGACUUCAAGGAUAUGAUCGAAGAAGCCGGCUUCAGACAAGUGAGUUACAAGAAUCUGACAUUCGGGAUAGUAGCAAUUCAUUCAGGAUUCAAAAUAUAAAAUUUGAAUAAACGAUCGUUGAAGCUAUUAUGUAAAAUAUGUACAUAAUAAAAAGCCAGUAUGAAAAUCAA